GCUCGGUUCGCUCAUAUUCAGAGCAAGGUUGGCCUGACGACGAUACUACGCGAUCACAAAGUCGACGUUUGUGAGAAAACCACAAUUCCGUACAAACUGGACAAGCGUGUCUUUUUCUUAAGAAUGGAUGGUGGUGUGAAUUUAAAGAUAUCUAAAGUGCAGAAAGCAGUAACGGUUAAACCAUUACGUUUCGUAAUGUAAGGGAUAAUUUUACUUGAAAAUGAACGCACUGGUGCAGAAUAUCGAGAUUGCACCUUCAGAUAAUUAUGGAGCCUGAGCAAACCUCGGAAAAAUUAAAAGAAUUUCAAUUUAUUAAUUUUGCUGCUAUCGGGGAGGAUGUACAAGAUAAACUCCAAAUACCUUCAAUUAUAAUAAUUUAAGACAAAUCGCUAUAUUCACCUGAAACCCAAUGAUAUUGGUUAAGAAUUAGGUAAUGUAAUUUGUAUAAAAUAUAAUCUCAUUCAGCUGAGAAUGUGUUAAGCUAAUAUUAAUACAAACGUUAUGAGUUCUCUUGAAAUUGAUAAUAAAAUUUUAGUUAAUAAAAAUCCAAGAAAUCGUAUUGAUAUUUUAAUAAAAUAUCAAAUCUUUGUAACAUCACAAUUUUUUUAAAAUAAAAAUCCAAUAUUCAUUUAAAAUAUUUCAAAUUUUGCUCAUGCUCCUUUUUUCUGAGAUUUAUAACCUCUCGGCGACUAAAGUGUAAAAUACAUUGAAAAAAAAACGAAAGGCCAAGGAAGAAUAGGAGAAAGUUAAAGGAGACUUUCAUUUAUGUAUUUUACGAGAAAUCAUUCAAAUGAUGAAACUGUAGUUUCAACUAUCAUAGUAAUAAUAGACUGUGGAUUUUUGUCCAGUUUUAAUUUUUCUUUUUUAGCAACAUAAUUAAAUAAGUGGAAGUUGAAUAGAAAUCGUUUAAUUUAUUACGAUAAAUAUGAUUUUGCAUAUUAUAUGCAAAUUUCUACAAUUUCGCAUAAAUGCAAGUAACGCUGACAAUUCAGUUUUAUAAUAUGAAUGAUAAUUUGAAUAAGUGACUCAGCAAUAUCAUCUUUCUCAUUUAUGUGUUUUAUGGCACAUGCUUAUCUAAGAGAAGAAAAAGGCGCGGUUGUCAGUAAUUACUCUAUAGCGUUGUAAAUACCAAGAAGGACAUUAAAAUAGAUAAAAAUUUCUUUUUGUUUUGAAAAAAAACUUUAUAAAUACAUAUGUAUAAUUAUAUUUUGCAAAUGCGAAUUUACUAAAUGAAUUUCUAUUAAAAUAUAAAUAGUGAAAAGAAACUUUAAAAUACACUGACAGAAACAUCAAAUAGAGAGUACAUAUUUAUACAGAAUAUGACUACAUAAUCAGGAUAAUUUCGAAACAAAAUAAAUUGCUAUUAAUUACAUUGUUAAUGAUAUGUUAUUAGAUCGGAGUUUUUUUCACCAAUAUAGGAAAAAUCAAAUUACUUCGUGUAAAUUCUCCAAAAGCGCAAAUAUAAUAAAUUUUAUCAGACAA